AUGUUUGAGGAGCAGGCGACCAAGGUCAAGAUCACGUCCGUGGUGAUCGUGGUGGGCAUGUCGUCGAUGCUGGCGGCGGUAGUGACUGACCACUGGGCCGUGCUCAGCCCCCGGGUGGAGAAGCUCAAUGCCACCUGCGAGGCGGCCCACUUUGGCCUCUGGAGGCUCUGCAAGAAGAGCAUCUUCAUUGUGGAGGAGGACCCUCAGGGCAAAGGCUGCGGCCCCAUCAGCUUACCUGGAGCCCAAAACUGUUCCUACUUCAAACACUUUACCUCGGGGGAAGAAGCUGAAGUUUUUGAAGUCAAGACCCAGAAAGAGUACAAUAUCUCAGCAGCAGCCAUCGCCAUCUUCAGUCUUUUCUUCAUGAUCCUGGGCACCCUCUGUGUCAUCUUCUCUUUCGGGAAGGGGCGGGACUACCUGCUCCGGCCUGCUGGGAUGUUCUUCGCCUUUGCAGGUCUUUGCAUCAUCAUUUCUGUCGAGGUAAUGCGCCAGUCUGUCAAGCGAAUGAUCGACAGUGAUGAGACCAUCUGGAUUGAAUACUACUACUCCUGGUCUUUUACCUGUGCCUGUGCCUCCUUCACCUUGCUCAUCCUCAGUGGAGGCGCCCUGCUUCUCAUCUCCAUGCCUCACAUGCCACGUAACCCCUGGGAGACCUGCAUGGACGCUGAGCCUGACACCUUGGAUUAA